CCAAACCCAAUUCAAUCCAAUUCAAUUCAAACUAAAACCCUCUCUCACACUCCUCCUUCCCAAAAGGAAGAUUCGGCAUCUGCAAUUCCGAGCCACCGAUCGAUCAGCCGUAGCACCCAUGGGAGUCCCGGCGUUCUACAGGUGGCUCGCCGAUCGCUAUCCUCUGUCGAUCGCCGACGUGGUGGAGGAGGAGCCCCAAGAGGACGACAAUGGCGUCUUCAUACCCCUCGAUGUCUCCAAACCUAACCCUAAUGGCAUGGAGUUCGAUAACUUGUACCUCGACAUGAAUGGGAUUAUCCACCCCUGUUUUCAUCCUGAAGGCAAGUGUAUCCUUUAACUUGGCAAAGUCAGAAUUGAUUCCGGUGGGUGACGUGGAGAAUGUUCCAGUGUUGGCGGCUGUUUUGGGGUGCAAGGUGACUAUGUUGCCAGUUUCCUAUUUGGGUCUUCCGUUGGGGGCUUCUUUUAAGGAGACUAAGGCAUGGGAUGGGGUGGUGGAUCGUGUUCAACAGCGUUUGGCGGGGUGAAAGCGUCAGUACUUGUCCAAAGGAGGGCGGAUCACUUUGAACAAAAGUGUCCUUUCUAGUAUUCCAACAUACUUUAUGUCUGUGCAUAUAAUCCCAGAUUCCCAGCAGGAGUGGCUACAAGAUUGGAGAAGUUACAAAAGGAUUUCUUGUGGGAUGGCGGAGGAGAGGGCUUUCAUUAUCAUUUGGUGUCUUGGGAGAGGAUUUGUUCUCCAAAGGAGAAGGGGGGCCUAGGGGUGCGGACGUUGGUGGUGUUUAAUCGUGCUCUUUUGGGGAAGUGGUUGUGGCGGUUUGCGAUGGAAAGGGAGCGCUUGUGGAGGAGGUUGGUGGUGGCCAAGUAUGGGAUGGAUAAAGGGGGGUGGUGUUCAAAUAGGGUGUGUCAAUCCCAUGGGUGUAGUCUGUGAAAGGGGAUUUGGUUAGGAAGGAUAGCCUUUGGGUAUAGGGUUCGUUUCAAAGUGGGGGUAGGGGAUCACGUUCGCUUUUGGGUAGAUAGGUGGUGUGGCGAGUUGUCUUUGGCGGCCAUGUUUCCAUUGAUUUUUGUUAUUACAGUUGAUGUGGACGAGGUGGUCGCUUCGGUUCAAGUGCGGCAAGGGCAGUCAUACACAUGGAAUCUUCGGCUUCGUCGUAAUGUGCUAGAUUGGGAGUUGAACCAAUUGGUGGGUUUGUUGUAUGAGCUUCGGUUUGGAGGGAAAGGUGAGGAUACUUUAUUAUGGGAGGUUCCGAGGGCUAAAGGGGUUUUUUCGGUAUCGUCGUUUUAUAGGAUGCUUGAGGGGGAUGGAGUUGGGGUGUUUCCUUGGAAGACCAUUUGGGCGGUGGGAUCACCGUCCAAGGUUGCUUUAUUUGUUUGGACAACUGCUUUGAAUCGUAUUCUGACUAUUGAUAACUUAAUUCGGCGGAGCCAUGUGUUGGUUAAUUGGUGUUGUAUGUGUUGUAGGAAUGUGGAGACAGUGGAUCGUUUGCUAGUUCAUUGCCCGUUUAUGUCUCGGCUUUGGAAUUUGAUUGUUGCUUUAUUUGGUCCAGUUUGGGUGCCGCCGGGUCUGUACUGGGGGUUCUUCAAAGUUGGGGUGGGGUUAGGGUGGGCAAGAGGCGUUGGAAGGCUUGGGCACUUGCUUCUCAUUGUUUGUUUUGGCUGAUUUGGUUGGAGCGUAAUAGGCGGGUUUUUCAAGAUUCGAGCCAUUCGGCUCUUUGGUUAGAAACCCGCACCUGCCACUUACGACGAUGUAUUUAAAUCAAUAUUUGAUUACAUUGACCAUCUAUUCUCAUUGGUUCGCCCAAGAAAGCUUCUUUAUUUGGCAAUUGAUGGGGUUGCUCCAAGAGCUAAAAUGAAUCAGCAACGUUCCCGGCGCUUCAGAGCGGCAAAAGAUGCUGCUGAAGCCGAAGCUGAGGAGGAAAGAUUGAGGCAGGAGUAUGAAGCUGAGGGGAGAAAUCUGACUCGUAAAGAAAAGACUCAAACGUCUGACUCAAAUGUCAUAACUCCUGGCACUCAAUUUAUGGCAGUGCUCUCAGUAGCACUUCAAUAUUAUAUACAGACUAGGUUGAACCACAACCUUGGUUGGCAGAGUACUAAGGUUAUUCUUUCUGAUUCAAAUGUUCCUGGUGAGGGCGAGCACAAAAUCAUGUCUUUCAUUCGGCUACAACGUAACUGUCCUGGUUUCAAUCCGAAUACGCGGUAUUGUUUGUAUGGCCCAGAUGCAGACCUUAUUAUGCUGUCUUUAGCUACACAUGAGGUUCACUUCUCAAUAUUAAGGGAGGUGAUUACUCUCCCUGGGCAGAAAGAAACAUGUUUCCAUUGUGGUGAAGUGGGUCAUCUGGCUGCUGAGUGUCCAGGUAUGCCAGGUGGCAAAGAUGAAGAUGUUAAUGGGAAGGUGGUGGACAACACGCCAAUUCACAAGAAGAAAUAUCAGUUCCUCAACAUCUGGGUGUUGCGAGAAUAUUUGCAAUAUGAUCUGGAGAUUCCCAACGCUCCAUUUGAGAUUAACUUUGAGAGAUUAGUGGAUGACUUUGUGUUUCUAUGUUUCUUUGUUGGCAAUGACUUUCUUCCGCAUAUGCCUACACUGGAAAUGCGAGAGGGUGCUGUUAAUCUUCUGAUGUACGUUUAUAGAAAUGAGUUUACUGCUAUGGGUGGUUAUCUUACUGAUGCAGGUGAGGUUUUGCUGAACAGAGUGGAACAUUUUAUCCAGUCAGUCGCAGUCUUUGAGGACCAAAUCUUUCAGAAGCGGGCUUAUAUACAACAGGCUAUGGAGAAUAAUGAAGAUAUGAAGCUUAAAGCAAGAAAAGAGGUUUCUGAAGUGCUACCAGUUGUGGAUAAGGUGAAAUUAGGUGAGCCUGUAUAUAAAGAAAGGUAUUAUGCUGAGAAAUUUGAUGUAUCAGAUCCUGAAAAGAUUGUUGAAAUUAGAAAAGAUACAGUUUUGAGAUAUGUAGAAGGUUUAUGCUGGGUUUGCCGGUAUUACUACCAAGGUGUCUGCUCAUGGCAAUGGUUUUAUCCAUACCAUUAUGCUCCAUUUGCUUCUGAUCUAAAAGGUCUAGCUGAUUUAGAAAUAACAUUUUUCUUGGGAGAACCUUUUAAGCCCUUUGAUCAGCUCAUGGGAACCCUGCCAGCUGCAAGUUCUAGUGCUCUGCCUGAAGAGUACAGGAGAUUGAUGACUGAUCCAGCAUCACCAAUCCACGAAUUCUACCCUUCUGAUUUUGAGAUUGACAUGAAUGGCAAACGCAAAGCGUGGCAGGGCAUUGUCAAAUUGCCAUUCAUCAAUGAGAAGAAAUUGCUUGCUGAAACAAAGAAGCUUGAGGACACUUUAUCGGAGGAAGAACGAGUUCGCAAUAGUGUGAUGCUGGACUUGCUAUAUGUACAUCCUUCUUAUCCUUUGGCCGCCCAAAUUAUAUCAUACUACCAAUUGUUUGAUCAGUUAACCCCACAUGAAAGAUUUCCUUGGCCAAUUGACACAAACAUUAGUGAAGGAAUGAAUGGAUAUCUUUGGUUAUGCGAGAGGAAUGGGUGCAGGAAUGUGGUUCCUUCCCCUGUCAAUGGCUUGCAAGAUAUUGAGAAUAACCGGAUUUUAAAUGCUACCUAUCUGAAUCCUCCGCCCCAUAGCCACAUCCCAGAACCUCCUAAGGGCGUACACUUGCCUGAAAAGGUUUUAAGCCCUUUGGACAUUAAAUCUUUCCCUAUUUUAUGGCACGAAGAUAAUGGUGGCCGUCGCCAGCAAAGCAGAGAAAGGCCACCUGUACCUGGGGCAAUAUCCAGUGCUCGGUUAGGAGAAGCAGCGCAUCGUCUGAUCAAGAACACACUGAAUCUCAAACCCAAUCACAAAUCUUCUGAAUCUUCGGAACAAACUCGGUUAGGAGAAGCAGCGCAUCGUCUGAUCAAGAACACACUGAAUCUCAAACCCAAUCACAAUUCUUCUGAAUCUUUGGAACAGACUUCAUAUACAAAUUCCCCAAGCAACCAUGUAAUUAGAAGGCCAAGGCCAGCCAGACCGACUUGGUAUCAAAGGGCCUUGAUUGAGGAUCCAAGUUUCUCAUGCAGAAACUAUAAUCACCCUCGAGCAAUAAUGGGUAACCCUGGAUUUGUGCUCUCUCGGUGCAAAUUGCAAGCCAACAGAUUUAAUCAAGAACAGCAACGCAACUUUAGGGCUGAGAUGUCUGCUUUGACAAUUGGCGAUGACAGAACCAGGCCAAAUGCAUUGGUGUCUCCGAGGAUGCCAAAUUCCGAACAAAUUCCAAAUAUUCGUAACCAGUCUGUGCGGAACAUUAGUGCACUUCCAUCUCCACCUCCCAAGCAGAUGAUUGGACCAACAGUUAGAAAUACCGGUGUGUAUAGUAAGCAACAGAAGACUUCAUUAGCUGCAACAUAUGGGAAGCAGGUGAAGAAAGUUUAUCGGGUCAAGAGCCAGGGGUCUCCACCAGAAUCUUCCUGAUGCUGGUUAUCAGCACCGAUGUAUGUUAUUGUAAUAUUAUCAUAUCUCAGUCAUUCUGCUUGCAAUAGCCUCGUCCAAGAACAUAAUGCCAAGCUCCAAGCGUGACAUGUCAUCUUCAAGUGCAACAAAGAAUACCAUCUUCUCAAGUUAAUUGGUGCGUGCUAGUGUAGGAACAUAGUGCUAGUGUAGGAACAUAGUAGACGAUCAAGUUUUCUUGAUAGGAGGACAUGGAUCAAGUCCCCAUAGCAUUGGGUGAAAAAAGAAGAGAAAAAAAAAAAAGAAAAAGUAAAGAAAAGAAAAGUAACAGGUAGCAAAAUGUUCUAGUUGUUCUGAUUGGAUUUACCAUAGCUGACAAUAUCCCAUUCACAGCCUUACCCUCUUCUAAAUUUCCCCUUUUUGUUGGGUUGUUGAAGAGGAUUGUAAUUACCUUAACUUGCUGCUGGGAUUAGAUAUAUUUUAUCUUAUUGUUUUUUCCCCGUUCAUAAUUUCCUUGACAGGUUCGUGACAGGAUUAGGAGUAAUGUUGAUCCCACUGUUAAUUUGUGGGGAAAAUGUGAUCUAUACCCAGUUUGCUUAUUGUUUGUGUUUGGACACUACUUGGGAGAGAUAUUUCUGCUCCAAGUACUUGUUUCUUGACCUUUAGAAAGCUUGGUGAAGUGGAGAACUAUGAAAUCCAACCCAAGCAUGUUUAUCUUUAUAAGAACAGUGCAUUUCGUGCUUUGAUUGUGAACAAGAAAAAAAAGGGAAAAUUUAUAUGUAAAUGACCGGGAUAUUAUUUGGAUGA